AUUUCCAAACCAGGUGCUUGAAGACAAACCUCAGAGAGCGCGUGUGCGACCAGCGGGGAGAGAAAAAAAGGCACUUUGUCAGCUCUGGCGCAGCAGCGCUUCACCUUUAUGGAUGUUGUCUUUUUUCCUUUUUCCUUUUUUCUUUUUUUUCUUCGGUGUGCUUUUGCAGCAGGUCUCUCUCAGACUUAUUAACUGGACUUUACGCGCGCCGCGUUAACUCAGGAAACACAAAACCUGGAUUGUGAAUUUGAUUCUUUCUUUUUUUCUUUUUUCUUUUUUUUUUUUGCUGAACACCCCAAAAGUGGCAUGAUCUGCCAUCUAGACAGGUGAAGAGUUUUUCCCCUGCUGUCGAUAAGAACCUUUCCUCGUCAUUAUAACGCAGGGGCGCGUCAAACAUGUCCAAACCCGCCGAUCACAUCAAGAGACCCAUGAACGCCUUCAUGGUCUGGUCCCGCGGCCAGAGGAGAAAAAUGGCGCAGGAGAAUCCCAAAAUGCACAACUCGGAGAUCAGCAAGCGGCUGGGUGCCGAGUGGAAGCUGCUGUCGGAGUCUGAGAAGAGACCGUACAUCGACGAGGCCAAGCGACUGCGCGCUCAGCACAUGAAGGAGCACCCCGACUACAAGUACCGGCCGCGGCGCAAACCCAAAAACCUGCUGAAGAAGGACAGGUACGUCUUCCCGCUGCCUUACCUCGGGGACACUGACCACCUGAAGGGACUUCCCGUGUCGGCCGCGGACUCUCUUUUGGGCUCGUCGGAGAAAGCCAGAGCGUUUCUGCCGCCGACGUCCGCCCCCUACUCCUUCCUCGACCCGACCCAGUUCAGCUCCAGCGCCAUCCAGAAGAUGACAGAGAUGCCGCACACGUUGAGCACCAGCACUUUGCCGUACGCGUCCUCCUUGGGAUACCAGAAUGGCGCAUUCGGCACCCUCGGGUGCCCCAGUCAGCACACCCACACCCACCCGUCGCCCACAAACCCGGGCUACGUGGUUCCGUGUAACUGCACAGCCUGGUCGGCGUCCAGUUUACAGCCCCCAGUGGCCUACAUACUUUUUCCAGGUAUGACCAAGACUGGGAUAGACCCGUACUCAUCCGCACACGCCACUGCCAUGUAACCCGCAGACUGUCUGCGCAACCCACUUGAAUACUGACAUGCAUGUAAAUACAUUACGGACGGCGCACCCGCAAAAACAGGCACGAACACAACCGACCGCCUUGGACUUGUAACGUGCAAAAAAGAACAACAACAACAAAAACUUUUUCACAAAUCCAACAAGAUCCUAGAAGUUGGCACUUGCUGUGUAGAGGGUGGUGCGCGUGAACUGUAAGAAAUGUAAAUGUUUUAUGGCAAAGGCAGCCUUUAACUUUAUUUAUUGUGUACAUGUCAAUGCUGAUGACGCUGAUUUGUGUUGGAAAGGCUUUUAUUUUGACAACUGGCUUGCACAUUUUUCACUCCCUGUGUCGCACGAGCGCUCCACGUUUUGGCUCAAGUUUGCGCUAAAAUCAGGACGCAUACGCUGCACAUAUACAGGUUUGUUUAUGUUGAUCAAACUGGCACAUGAAGAUAUUUAAAAGGGGGUUUAAAAAAAGCACUCCAAGUUGAAUUUUUUGCAUCCUGCUAAAAUGACCUUUUUGUUUUGAGGGCAACUUCUGUUUGAAUCCACGGAGUUCUCUGUGUAUUUUCUAUAUAAGAUGGUCAUGUUACGGAAAAAGGAUCCUGUAUGUAGAAGGUUGAUACCUCCUGCGCUUUGUUCACUCCAAGAUCAAAGACAUUUCCAAUAAAGACAAUCUGUCUUCAACCACAUCAAUUUUUAUCUGUAAAAUAAAUGGGAUCUGUGCGUAAAUGUGCCAGAAAUAAGGCCUCA